UUCACAACCCUUUUCACAAGAAAGUGAGAGGUAUUCGACAUUUGGUCGGACGAUGUGGGAGCUCUCAAUGGUGUCGUCAUGGCCAGGAACAUUGGCAUCGUACAUAACUCCUCGGUGGUCGCCGGUGAGGUUGCUGAGGUGGUCGGGAAUGAUGAGCGUGUCAAUUGUGGACGAGGUGGUGUGGAGAGUGGUGACCGCGUUUGAAUCGGUGGCUCUCGUUUCGAUGCUCUGUUUCUUUUUCUUGUUCUGUGGCUGCACUAUUUGAUCCCAACUCUCAACCCAUUAGCACUGGCAGCGAACUUAUGGUUUUUAGAAUUUUUUGUAAUGGCAUUCGAAAAGUAGAAAUGCACUGAACUAGGUUGAAAUUUUGGCUACUGUUGUGUGUACUUUUCUCAGACUUCCUGAGCUAUGUGUAUAAUAGUAAAGGAGAAAAUUAAUGGUGUUUAAUUUGUGCUCA